AUGGCUACAGAAUAUCCCCACCGAAUCGCCCUACUGGGCCUAGGCACAAUUGGCCUCUCAAUGCUAGCAAUGCACCUCCGACGCCCAGACACCAGCAUAAAAGUCUACGACCCACGACCCAACUACGAAUCCCAGAUCCGGAGCACCCUCCCCUCCCUCCUCGAUUGUCCCGAAUCAACCACUCUAAUCGACGACCUGCUCCGCACAUCCCGUCUAAAACUCGCCACCACCGUCGCGGACGCCAUCCAAAACGCAACAAUCAUCCAAGAACAGAGCCCGGAAGUCACAGCCUCAAAACAAGCUCUCUGGAAGGAAGUUGCCAGUCUCGCUGGGCCGGAUGUCCACUUGUGGAGUAGUUCAUCUGGAAUUUCUGCCUCAGUGCAAGCAUCCGGGUGUGAGGCUGCGGACCGUGUUGCUGAGCGUUUGCUCGUUGCGCACCCGUUCAACCCGCCGCAUCUGAUGCCGCUUAUUGAAGUCGUGCCUGGGCCUGAGACUAACCCUGAGAGGAUUGAGUUCGUGAGGAAGUAUUUCGGCGAUGUGCCUGGUCCCGGAGUUUCGGGUGGGGGUCAGUCGGCUUCGCAGCAUUACCGGCCUAUCACGUUGCACAAGGAGAUUCCCGGGUUUGUGGGGAAUAGACUUGCUUUUGCACUGCUGAGGGAGGCGUGUUAUCUUGUUGGUGAGGGGGUUGUUUCGGCGAAGGAUUUGGAUUCCCUUGUUACGGCUAGCUUGGGGCCGCGGUGGGCUGGUAGUGGUGUGUUUGAGAGUUAUCAUGCUGGUGGUGGGGAAGGUGGGAUUGGGGCGUUUUUGCAGAAGCUUACGCCGACAAUUCAGGAUGACAUGGUUGUUAAGCAGACUGAAGAUGCCUAUGGGCCUUAUACACCUGAGACGAGGAAGAAGAAAGAGGAGAUGUUGAGGGAUGUUGUGGAGUUGCAGAAGAAGAAAUGGGGUGAGUUGUGA